UAUAAUAACAGACCAAACCAUUACUCAAACAGGCCCUGGUUUCCCCUUCGCUAAGAAAAAGAAUAUCAUAAAUUCAGAACAGAAAUUCAACACAGCAAAAAUUGAAGCUUUUGUAAGUUCCAGAUUUUGAAUUGCGAGAAAACAAAAAUGGCAUCAUCUGAGGAAGGAUUGAAACAGCAAUUAGAAGAAUUGCAGAAACAGCUGGGAAAGAAACAGAAGUUCGAAGAUGCUGUAUCUUCUAUCAAAUCCCUUUUCCUAAAGUUCUACCCUUCUGCUUCCACCUCUCUUCGCAAAACAAAUUCCGGUGUUGAAUUGCAGUUCUAUACUGUUAUUUGUCGAGUAGCGACGAUUUUAAAAACGAGAUACACAGCGCCUGGUUUCUGGCACGCCGGAUUAGGGCUAUUUGAGCAAGCAGAAGUCUUGGUUUCUGAUUCAUCUGAAAAGGAGCAUUUGAAGAAUUGUAUUGCCCAAGCCAAAGAACAAUUGAAUCUGGCCCAAAAUCCUCCUGACGUUUCCUCGAGUUCCUCUCGUGGAGGGUAUCUUUUUGAGGGUCACCUUACCGUGGAUCCUGAGCCACCAGAGCCUCUGUGGCUGUUGCAGUCAAACUUAAUGCGAGCAGCCUCUAUUUUGGAGGCUGAAUCCGCUGGAGGUCCAUCCGACCAUAAUAACACGACGAGAAAUGCUUCCGCUAUGCUAGAAGAGCUCAUAAGCAACCUUGAUGACAUUAUACCUGAGAUUAUGGUUCCAGACAAUGAAUCUAGAGUUCCAAAAGCGCCUCCCGCCAGUAAAGAGGUUGUUGCAAAGCUUCCAGUCAUUACUCUCACGGAGGAAAUCUUGGCCAGGCUUGGACAAGAUGCAGAGUGUGCAAUUUGUAAGGAGAAUUUGGUGGUUAAUGAUAAGAUGCAAGAGUUGCCUUGCAAGCACACAUUCCAUCCUCCUUGUCUAAAGCCAUGGCUGGAUGAGCAUAAUUCUUGUCCAAUUUGCCGGCAUGAGCUGCAAACUGAUGAUCAUGUAUAUGAGAGCUGGAAAGAGUGCGAGAAAGAGGCUGAAGAGGAGAGGAAAGGUGCCGCCAAUGCUGUUCGUGGUGGCGAAUUCAUUUUUAUUUAGAUGACUGUCAGUCACUGUAUUCAUAGUCAAUAAUCUAUAAUUCAUUACUGUAUUUGUAGAUGAUACAUUAUUGAGUUCUAAUGAUUAUUCUUUCAAACUUGAUGUUAUUUGAACACCUCUUUGUUGCAUAUAUAAUUCUUUCAUAAUGGUUGGGCACAAAAA